GGGCAACCCUGGCAGUAAAGUCGAUACGUGUCAACACUGCCGGAAAGCGUUUAAAUGUGUCGGAAAGAUUGCUUGUGACGGUGGCCAUACACCACCUACGAAGACUUAGCCUUGGUACAUUGAAAUCGACUGAGAUGGUGGACCACAGCUUCAUGGAGAGGUUGUUGCGAGGUAAAACUUUACAGAGGAGAAGAUCACUUGCUCUAAACUAACUAAAAUAUUCAAAGAAUUUGAAGAACUUUGUAGAGGAAAUGUCAGUUAAAAGUGAGAGCGAUGACGUCAGCAACAAACCACAGCUGGCCUGUAAGACUGUUCUUGUUACUGGGGGAGCUGGGUUCAUUGGGUCACAUCUGAUCUUACUUUUGGCUGCAAGAUAUCCUCUGUGGCGAAUCAUCAAUGUUGAUUCAUUGAAUUACUGUUCAAGUUUGAAGAAUCUAAUUUAUCUUGAGAACACAAGUACUUACAAAUUCAUUCAGGGGGAUGUAUGUGACCAAUACUUUAUUGAUCAUAUCUUUUCUACUGAAAAUAUAAACAUUGUUUUUCAUUGUGCUGCUCAAUCACACGUUGAGAAUUCCUUCCUGUAUCCAUCCCAGUUCAUGCAUGUAAAUGCAGCUGGCACAACUGUACUACUCCAAGCAGCAUUUGAAUCUGGAGUUGAAAAGUUCAUCUAUAUGAGCACCGAUGAGGUGUAUGGAGACAGUCUGGACAAGUAUUUUGAUGAGUCGAGCCCAAAACGGCCAACCAACCCAUAUUCAACAUCAAAAGCUGCUGCUGAAAACAGUGUGAUGUCGUACUGGAAAAAUCACAAGUUCCCUGUAGUAAUUGCACGGAGCAGUAAUGUAUAUGGACCACGGCAAUAUCACGAAAAGGUUAUUCCAAGAUUUCUAUUUCUCUUACAACAGGACCAAAAAUGCACUAUCCAGGGGACAGGCCUCCAGUCCCGUCACUUUCUCUAUGUAGAUGAUGUGACUGAGGCACUGUUGAUGCUCAUGAAGAGGGGAAUCAUUGGAGAGAUUUACAACAUUGCAGCCAACUUUGAAAUUGCAAUCAUACAGCUGGCUAGAGACCUGGUGAAAAUGGUGAAAACUGCUUCUAAUGACGAGUUGGAUGAUUGGAUACUAUUUGUUGAUGAUAGACCUGUCAGUGACCUGAGGUACCCCAUGAUCUCAGACAAGAUGCACAAACUUGGAUGGAAGCCAAAGGUCCCAUGGGAAGAAGGCAUCAGAAAGACAAAUGUAACCGGACCCCUGUCUUCCAAACACUUUCGACUCAUCAAGCCACAGAACAUUCUCCCAAAAGGUUUGAGGAUCAUCAAGGUGUGUUUUGGCAAAAUUCAGAUGAGCCUUAAUGUUCUUCUGGGUUAGCAGUGGUUUUCACCUCGCCACUUUUCCAUGGAUGCCAUUUUUGCCCAGUGUCUUUCUGAUAGUGGAGUCAUGAACAAUGACAUUUAUUGAUGCAAGAGAGGCCUGUAGUUCCUUUGAUGUUGUCCUUGGCUCUUUUUGUGACUUCCUGGAUGAGUCGUUGCUGUGCUCUUGGAGGAAUUUUGGAAUGUCGGCCACUUCUGUGAAGGUUUAUUACUGUGCCGAGUUUUUCCAUUUGGAGAUAAUGGCUCUCACUGUGGUUCUUUGGAGUCCCAGAGCCUUUGUAACCCUUGCCAGACUGAUGUAUUUCAGUCACCUUCUUCCUAAUCAUUUCUAGAAUAUCUUUUAAUUUUGGCAUAGUGUGUUACUGGGUAAGACCUUUUUAACCAACUUCAUGCUGUUGAAAAAGUUCUAUUUUCUGUUUCUAUUUCUACUUUAUUGUAAAUUGUGUAUUUCCACAACACACCCUUUCCUUUUAUGCCUUAAUUAUGUAUAUUUUAUUUCAUCUGUGACCCUUCUUUUCUUGUACUGUAAAAUGAGUGUGCUUUAUUUUUUUCCCUACCUGUGAUGCUUGUCAUUCUUGAUUAUAUAUUUCUUACUACCUUAAUUAAAAGAUCCAGAUAUCA